AUGUCGGAAGGGGAUAAUCCCGGUAGGGCUAAACGAAAGCGUGUAACUAGAGCUUGUGAUGAGUGUCGAAAAAAGAAGGUAAAAUGUGAUAGUCGUCAACCUUGUGUACACUGUACUGUUUAUUCUUAUAAGUGUACGUACGCGGAGCCUGCUCGCAGAUCUAGGAGUGUAACGACUGAUGGACUUUCAGGGGAUGUUGGUGUUGGUGUUGGUGUUGGAAAACGGUUACCGCAUUCGAAAGUGAAAUAUUUACAGGGGAAGGUGUCAAAGUUCGAGCGGCUAUUUGGGGAGUUAUUUCCUGGUCUUGUUAGUGAGCGGGAUAUUGACGUUUUUGAUAUUGGGACGUUUAAAAAACUCUUUGAGAAGCGCUGUGCGAACAACAUCAAUAUGAAGGAACUGGUCGAGGAGUACAAGCUCGUGGUGCCGCCGGCUGAUAUUGAUAGCAUGAGAACACCAACUCCUGGUUGCGACGAGCCUGGCGAGGCUGGAGAACAUGUCGCCAUGUACGAUGACAGUAAGGAAGUCAAGGUAAUACUGCCACCAAAGUCCGUUGCAAUGCAGCUCCUGAAGUAUGUGUGGGAGCGGAGUUGUGUGCUGUAUCGCUUUUACCAUCGACCGAAAUUCCUGCGAGAGCUUGAUGAGUUAUAUGAAACAGAUCCGAAGGACUACACGCCCCAGCAAUUACGCUUUCUGCCAAUGUGCUAUGCUUCACUGGCUGUUGGCGCGCUCUUCUCCAGUUCAGUACCUGUAUCUACCCAAGGUGGAUCUCUAGGGGGAACUUUGCAUAAUACUAAGAAGGAUAAAUUUUCGCAGGAUGAGGGUUAUAGGUACUUUAUUGCAGCUAAAAAGCUAAUUGAUGUGUCGAACGCUCGUGAGAUAGUCGACAUUCAGACCCUUUGUAUGCUAUUUGUAUUUUGCCAAUGUUCUGGAAGGCUUUCUGUGGGUUAUACUUAUAUUAGCGUAGCGAUGAAGGCAUCUCUUCGCGAGGGCCUUCAUAGAAGGCUUAGUCCAAAGGAACAGGAAACUCGCUCGCCAAUCGAGGUAGAAAUGACAAAAAGAGUAUUUUACACAAUAUACAAAAUGGACCUAUUUGUUAACACAAUGCUUGGGCUACCGAAGACUAUUUCCAAACUUGAUUUUGACCAGGAGCUGCCUUUAGAGGUUGGCGAUUCAUGUAUUACUGAAAAUGGAAUCAUUCGAGAUAUCCAUUCAGAUUCACUGUCUUCUUCUGGGGUAGCUAACUAUCAUACCAAGCUAUGUAUCAUCAUGCAUGAUAUAGCUGAUAGCCUAUAUCCCGUUAAGAGCAAGAAAUCUACCAUCUCACAAGAAGUUAUUUCGGGAUUGGAACUCAAGUUAAUUGAUUGGCUGGAGGAAUUACCUCCAGAACUUGUACCAGGUUUAAAGGAUGUCCCUGAAAGAUACUUAGCCGCAAAUAAAAUGCUCCACAUUACUUUCCUGCAUAUGCAGCUGAUUCUAUAUCGGCCAUUCAUUCAAUACUUCUCGAAAGAUUCACCGAGACCGAACGCUCUCUCACUGGAACGGGCACGCAAUUGUAUAUCUGUUGCCAGAACAGCGGUUAGUGUGGCCCAGGAGCUACUGCAGAUGAAGAUGCUGGCAGGCUGCUCCUGGUUUGCAAUGUAUACUAUUUUUUUCAGCGUUGUUGGGCUACUAUUUUACGUGCGAGAGGUAGUUCCAAGCAACGAAAAAGAAUCAGAGGAGUACAAUGCUGUUCUGCGAUCCGCUGAAACUGGUAAAAACGUUCUUCGACAAUUGAAAGAUACAUCUGUUGCCGCUAAUAGGAUCUAUAAUAUCCUGCUUUCACUAUUCAGGUCUUUUAACGUCAAUGUUAGGAUUGAAGACUCAGAGUUACCGUUAAGCGGCAAAAGUCGGAAUUUCCCCUCGGAGGAAUGCCCACGUGGGAACAAUUCAAUAGAACAAAGGAGCUCGUCUUCCAUCGCUGAAAAUCCGAUUGACACUGAAUUUGAGCAAUCUUCUAGAGGAAACAUUAGUACAGUUUUACCUAUUAUGGACAAUAUGCAACAUAACGAUAUAUUCCUAUCUGGCUCGUGUAACCAAUUAGACAUCACCUUCUUGGAUAAAUAUUUACAACCAUAUGUUUCAUCAGCUUUCGAUUUACCUUCAGGUGCUGAAUUUGACAGUGCAGUGGUAAACGAAUAG